GUUGUUCAACAUAAAUCUCUAACAUUUGUCGCAUGUUUCAUUUUGACAACGAUAAUUAUGGCGUUUCAUAUUAUUUUGGAAUAUUUUAUUUCUGUUGACCAAGGAAUAGUUCCAGAUCACAGUGUCAUAGCAGUUUUAAACGUUUUAUCAGAUUUGAUCGUGUCUCAGUUUCUUUUGCUAGUUUCAUUUCAAUUCAUUUCAAGUGUAGCCUGUGUUGCAACUCGAUUGACCAUUUUAAUCCAAAACAUUAAAGAAUUGUUGCCUUUGAAUGAGGGAGAGGUUAGAGAAGUUCAACUUAAUGGAGCAAAGGAAGCAUUUGUCUUAAGGAAUAUCGCAUUACUUCACGAUAAGCUUUUGGAUGCUGUUGAUGAAAUCAACGAGGUAUUCUCAAAAGAGAUGAUUGCUUUGUUUCUCCUCUCAACUGCUAUUGAAGUCUUAGUAAGUUAUUUUGUAGUCAAAGUUUCAAUGCUUGAAAUUUUGCCAAUUGUAAAAACAUGGAUUUUAAUCAAUCUCAUGAUUUGGAGUGUUUUGCUUGUAUUGCCUUGUAUUAUCUCAAUUUACAUAUCGGAUAAAGCGACAAACGAAAGUCGUCGACUGCUCAACCAUGUUGAAAGAUAUUCAAGCUCUUACAGAGAUGAAAGCGCUUUACUUAAGCUUGACUUUUUACUUAACAAACUGAGAUGUCAACCGAUUAUUUUAUCUUGUGGAAUGUUUAAUAUCAACUGGUCAUUUGCCUUAUCAAUGUCUGGAGCUAUCAUCACGUACAUAAUAAUUUUAACUCAAUUUGAAAAUAAUGUUUAAUUAAAUGUGCUUCAACAAUAUUUUGUUUCAUAAAUAAAUAAACUUUUCUUCACA